AUGGCUGUUGCAGAUGCGAUCAUUCUUGGUCGAGAUCCAGAGCCGGGGAUAGUGUUAGAUUUUCACCAAGCGUCUGUUGAUAAUCCAUUUUCACCGUUGAGUCCUCCAAACGGCAGGUUAUUAGCCGGGUUUAUUUGGUCCAACAUGGGCCAAGGAAACACAUACAAACUGUUACACACACCAAUGUAUGAUCCGCUUCGACGCAAGUUGGUCAAGAUAAUCAAGAAUCACGUAAGCUGUCGCGUCACUUUGAAUU